AUGGCUGAAGCUGUCAUAUGUAUAGCCUUAGAAGUGGAACUAUCAAGGGCUGUCUCCAUCAUUGAAGACCAAAUCAACCUUGCAUGGGAUUUCAAGGACGAGCUGAACAAGUUUCGUUCCUCACUCACUCUCACUCGAGCUUUCUUGCAAGAUGCAGAGAGGAGGCAACUCGAUGAGCCUGUCAAAGUCUGGUUGGAGCAGCUUAGAGAUAUCGCUUACGAGGCAGAUGAUAUGUUGGAUGAGCUUGCUUAUGAACAUGUCCGCUGGAAGGUGGACAACCAAAUGAGUAAAAAGGUCUGCAAUUUCUUGUCCCUUUCCAAGAAUCCCAUGGCAUUUACUCUAAAGAUGUUUAAAAAGGUUAAGAAUAUUGACCUAUCCAUUAAGGAUAUUAACCGUCAGGUCACUGACUUUGGACUUCAACAAAGACUUCAAAUUUCGUCUCUAGUGUCUAGUAGAGUAGGAGGAGGCACCCGUUCCUUUGGCCACUCAUCACGAGUUGUUGGAAGGGAAGCUAAUGUCCUAAAAAUAGUUGAUCUCUUGAUUGGUUCAACCAUUCACCAAAUUCUGUCAAUAACCUCCAUAGUAGGCAUGGCAGGAAUUUUACAACUGGCAUUUGAGGAUAUUGGUAAUGAGUACUUCAAUGACUUGUUAUCAAAUUCCUUAUUGCAAGAUGUGGAAAAGGAUUCAUACGGACGUUUCACAAGUUGCAAGAUGCAUAAUUUAGUUCAUGAUCUUGGACAGUCUGUUUCUCAUAUCAAACAACAAAAUGAGUUUGAUGGUGUGAAACUGUGGCGUUCUUUAUUAUUAAAUUCUGGCUUCACCCUCAUUAGAAAGAACUUCAAAGGUUUGCGGGUGCUCAAAUUUGGUGGUGCUUAUAUUGUAUCAUUGCCAGAUUCUAUUGGCGAGCUAAAGCAUUUGAGAUACUUUGAUAUCUCAAAAACUUGCAUUCGCAGAUUACCAGAACCCAUUGAAAGUUGGAGACUUUAA